AAUUUGGACACCCCUGGUUUAAAGCCUGAAGAUUUUAGCUUAGUUUUUAUUUUCAGUUGAAUCUUUUGUGUUGUGUUAAUUUAUAUUUCCAUUAUAAACCAGGAGUGGAUCAGAUCAUUUGUCAUUGUGUUAGAAAUGAAACCUGCCUUCCUUAUUUCACAACUGGAUGAGUUAUCUCGCUGGCAUCAAGAUAUGAAAUUUUUGUCAUUUUUAGUGUGGCUAACUUCAGUGGGAUUUCCUCUUGUCCUGUACAAGGGAAAUUCAACCCCCCAUGUCCAAAGAACCUCCUCUGUCCUUCACCUUGUCCCCCAGUUCUGAGGACUCAGGCUUGGAUGACUCUUCGUUUCGCAGUGCUCUGGAGGAAACGGAAAAUUCUGUGGAGAGGGAGAUCCGACUGACAUUAGAAAGAGAAGAACAGCACCGAAGGGAGAGGGGAAUGAUUGCUCAGGGCCUGACGGUACCCAGUCUAUACACCCUAAGGACAGAUGGAUCUGUGCCCAGACCUCCAGUCUUCCGUACCCCUGCUCUGUCCAUCUCUCCAUCGCCCUCCUGCUCCUCCUCUCUCCCCCAAUCAAUGUAUCAUGAAAUGACAGCCAAAAACGUCAUCAUUCUUGAACCCGACUCCUCUGCCUCCAGCUCCAGGAACUACCUGCUCUCCUCUGCCAUCAGUAGCCUCUCUGAUUGGUCUCCCAGUCUUGAUGUGGCACCCUCAGAAAACGUCAUUGUGGUGGAGACCUCCAAUUUGAUAAUUCGCAGUGCUUCUGAAUUUUGCCUGAGCUCUGGGCCUCCGCCUGUAGAGACACAAGAGAGUACUUUCUCUUCUAAUCCAUUCUUCAAGUUACGUUCCAUCAGCAGUCAGUCUCUAGUGGAGCAAGAGAUCAAGAUGGUGAGGCAGAGAGAAGAAGAGUGGAGGAGACAAAGGGAGGAACUGUGGCGAAGGAAACAAGAGGAAGCGUGGAGGACAGGGAGAGAGAGGUAUGACACUGUCCUGGUGUCACCAAGUCUAAACGAAAACAUCACUUUCAGUGUGCCAGUGGUUCCAGACAGAUCUGUUUCCUCCCCAUCAUCGCCUUCCAGACCACGGAAAAUGGAACGCUCUAGUUUGUCUUGUGACCACAAGCUGAAUUUCCCCUUCCUUCCAGUUCCCCCUUUCCCUGUUUUCAGUUCCACGUCGUCAGAAUGUCAUGGCACAGCAGUGGGAGGCCUCGCUCUUAGCCAAUCAGAAGAAGGAGUAAGUGGAAAGAGUUAACUGUUGGCUUUUUUAAAGCCAUAAUGGAAUCCUACAUUGUUUUUCUUUGCACCCAUUAGGGCAAAAUAAUCUUGUCUGCCAGCGGCAAAUUUUGAUUUCAGUAUUUGUCAAAUACCAAUAUUUGUUAAAACCCAAUAUGAGUAAAAUGUCUGUUUGUUGCUAAAAAGCACAAGGUCAGAGGAAUGCAUGGUGGCUUCCAGUAAGAUUUGUUUCAAAGAAUAUGGAAAAUGUACUUUUUUGCUUUCCCUAAAGACUGUUUAGAAAGUCCUUUUAACAUUGUGUUUUAGUGGAUGAUGUAUGACAUUCUUUUUCUUUUUGACAUACUGGCCUGUCCAGAUCUCAAAGAUUUCCACAGAGCCGGCCUAAGAUGCACCAAAUAACAUUUAAUUUGGCUACUCUUUGGUUACCACCUAGAAAUUUGUAAAAAUAAAUAAAUGAAUAAAUCACAGCAAUUAUGAAAACUGUGCAGAAUUUCGACUGUGUAGAUUUAAAAAAAAAAACAAUGUCAAAACAAAUUAAAAUUUUACAGAACAUCGAAAGAAUUUGAAAUUGUACCAAGAUCAUACAUGUGGCUUAAAAAUAAAAUAGUGUUUUAAAACUAAAUUUCUGGAGUCAUGCAUUUCCCUUUUGUUUACGUUUUUAAAAAUUGCUAAAAAAAAAAAAA